AUGCGAUUCACGCUGCUUCUAGCGCUGCUGCUGGCUUUAUUAGUCUUGGUAGCAGCACAGGAUAACAACGGGGAUAAUGGGGGUGAUACUGGGGGGGAUAAUGGUGGUGAUAACGACGAUAGCAAUGGCGAUAACAACGGCGACGAGAACAACAAUGACAACGACAACAACAGCAACAGCAACAGCGACACCGCCACAAGCACCACCAACAGCAGCAACACAGCCAGCGACAGUUCCACCUCCACGGGCUCAGCCACCCCUUCCGCGACGGAAUCCCUCUCCGACGAAGCUAAAUCAGCUGCUGCACGUCCAGCUCCUUCUCCCGGCUCUGGAAUGAAGAAUGCAGGUCCGGGUGAAGACUACAUCGCAGCUUCUUCUGCUUUCUCAUAUACACUCAGCAUUGGAAUCCUCCUAGCCUCUGCUGCACUCUCAGCUCUUUUCUUAGCGUAA